AUGUCGCUUCUACUGAAUGAGGAGUUCACUCUGUAUCGUCUGCGCCUGGGUUAUCUCAAUCAAAUCCACGAUGGAGUCGGCGAAAGACUGAUCAAUCUCAAUACAGCUGUGCUUAACGAGCCAGCUUUUCGUGCGGCAGGAUGGGUCGCAGAUACGGCCGCCAUCAAGCGAUGUUAUAGCCCACCUAUACCCACGACUGGAGCAGCAGACUAUUUCAAUCGUCCAUCACGUGUGAGGGACAACGGCAUACCUUUGAACGAUGAGGCGAGUGCGGAGGGGAGGGGAGGCUUGAUCAGUGGGCAGCUGGGGAGCGAGGAGACCGUGGGCCCUAGCUUCUUGACUGAGAAGGAGCGGCGCAGGCGCAAGCAGGGACAGAAGAUCGAGGAUGAUGACAGCUCGGAUCUUAGCGAUGACAGCGACGAUGAGGAUACAGCGGCGCAGAGUGUCCGAUUUGCGAAGAUGCCGAACCGGAGCCGAUCGAGUACGAGUCCUCCAAGACAAGGUACCGCGACACUUCAUGCAGAGCAGGCAGGGCCAGAAGUGAAGGUUAUCAGUCCCAGCUACCGACCACGUACAAGCAGUUUGGGUGCCACAGAAGCCAUCAAUGCGGCAAACUCGCGUAUUGUGACGCGUCCGAGACGUGACACCACUACCAGCAGUGAGAUGAGCUCGGACAAUGAAGGCCUGAUACCGGAAGGACGUUUCAGAAGGAAGCUGCCUGGACGGCCUCAGAAGUCUGCUAUGCUUGCUGACAAGAUUGCCGAGGAAGAGCCGGACGAUGAGAGCGAGCUUGAAGACGAAGAUGAAGAAGAGGAUGUGGAAGUAGCUGAGGCUAGCGAUCUCAGCGACGAAUUCGAAGGCGAUGAUGUGGCUGUGCCAUCACCAGAGCUGCCCAUUGAUGAGGCGCUGGACAUAUCGGUAGAGAAGCGAGCGCCGCCAAUAAUACCUCCAGCUGUCAGUCCAUCGUUACAUACCGCUACUACGAGACCAAGUAAGGACGAUCUACCGAAGCUGCCAAAACUACCAGCCGGCAGACCAAUGUCAAUGAAGCCGCCUGCAAGUCUGCUUUCCAUGGCUCUGAAAGGCUCCGACGGCGCAGAUACUCCUGGCAAGCCAUAUCAAAAGUAUGCAGAACUGUCUGGUAAGGGCGAAGCACAGCCACUCUGGAUCAAAAUCUAUGCUCCAUUCUCGAAGAAUCCUAAUGAGCCAAUCCAAGUGCCGCUCAAGCGCGCUCAAGGCGCAGAAGGGGCUGUACCUACCGUCAAGGAGUUGAUCGGGCUCGCACUCUGGCGUUAUGAUGAAGAAGAGUACGAGCCGGCGCUUUCUAUCAAAGAUAGCAAAGUGGAGAGCUGGGAGCUGAGAAUGGUUGAAGAUGGUGAAGUUGAUCUGGACUUCCCAGCUCUGAGCCGAGACAGGCCAGUCACAGAUUUCACGUCAAACAACAACCGCCCUCCUCAACGACGCAUGAGAGACAAACCGUGGGAUGAGUUUGGCUUGAUCCGUGCCGAAAGUCGCGAUGCAACUUCUGAAGACGACGAGGCUGCGCCGAUUACAACCACGAAGACUGCACCAAUCGCUGCGCCUUCACCAGCACUUAUCAGCCAACAAAUCAUGGCGCCGCCACCUGUCCCACCAAGCAUGAUGCCGAACCGCAAUCCUAUCACCGGUCCUGCCUUCACUCUCAAUGCCGCAAUACGAAAGGACUCCACGAACCUCAUGGAUGCACCACAGCAGCAGACUGCAACUAGCACACCUCGUAUGGGCCCCGUCAAGACUGUUCAAGUUCACUUCACGGAUCCGCAGUCCUUCCAGGUUACCCUGUUGCCUCUGGACACGACUGCUGAUACGUAUAUAGCCGAGUUAUUUGAGAAGGCAUGUACACGUCUUCGACUGGACAAGGCACUCUACGUAUUCAAAGUUAAAGGCACACAGACAGUGGCGCCAAGCGACCGAACAGUAGAAGCUCUAGGGUCAAAACUGCAUCUCGACCUUGUCCGCCGCCGCUUCGGCGCAGUCGGAGACUUCGGUCUCGGACUCUCCGGCUCACCAGGCUCCAGCUCACCGAAUGCACCUCUCGAAUUAGUCCCCAACACACCACCCACAGCCAAAGAAGCCAAACGACGAAAAGGUUUUCCCGGCGUAGGAGGAGUCCUCCACCCACUCGUAGCCCAAAAGAGCGAAUUCAACAGCACAGCAACCUCCAUGCUCGACCUCGCAGGUCCCAACGCAGGUAUAGGUUGCCGCUAUAACGUGAUGCGCAAACUUCCCUUCUCCCUCACGACCUCCCACCCUCGCACCCUCAUCAUAACACCAGAAUACAUGCAGAUCUUGCCCGGGCCACCGACGGACGAGGGAGGUCAAGCGAGCGGCAGUAAGGUUACCAAUGUGUCUAUGCAGAGUAUCGUGGGUGUGAAGGUCAGCAGGAAGCAUCCGAAGAUGAUGCGAGUGUUGGUUUAUCGGGACAAGGAGACGAAGAGGUAUGAUUUUGAGUGUGCGAGUCAUGCCGAGGCGGAGCAGAUUGUGGGUGACAUUCGGGUUGGGUUGAGUGAGUAUGGGGUGGGUGGGGAUGAUGUAUGA